AUGACUCAAAGAUGUAUUAUUGUUAGACAUGGUCAGACCGAAUGGUCUAAAAGUGGCCAAUACACUGGAUUAACUGACUUAGCAUUGACCGAUUUUGGUGUCAAGCAAAUGCAAAGAACUGGUAGAUCUAUCUUCCGUGAUAACUCAUUUGUUGAUCCUGCAAAUGUUACUUAUAUCUUUACUUCUCCAAGAUUACGUGCGAGACAAACUAUUGAUUUAGUCUUAGAAACUUUAACUGCUGAACAAAAAGCAAACAUUCGUAUUGUAGUCGAUGAAGAUCUAAGAGAAUGGGAAUAUGGUGACUAUGAAGGUCUAUUGACACACGAGAUCGUCUCCUUAAGAAAAUCUAGAGGAUUAGAUAAGACUGUCCCAUGGAAUAUCUGGAGAGAUGGUUGUGAAAAUGGUGAAAAUACAAAACAAGUAGGUUUAAGAUUAUCUAGAGCCAUUGCCAGAAUUCAAAAUUUACAUAAAAUUUCUCAAGAUAAUAAGAAAUGUUCUGAUAUUAUGGUUUUUGCUCACGGCCAUGUCUUACGUUACUUUGCUGCUUUAUGGUCUAAAAAAUUAUCAGUUGAACAAAAAUGUAAUGAUGAAUGGGAAAGAAUUAAUCCAAAUUCUUAUAAGGAUGAAAGCGUUCCAUAUAUUCAAUUGGAUACUUAUAGAUACUUGGAUGAUAAUCCAUUCUUCCUAUUAGAUGCUGGUGGUAUUGGUGUGUUGUCAUAUGCUCACAAUAGUAUCGAUGAACCUGCUUUGGCCCUAGCUGGUGCUUUUGUUCCACCGCCAGAAGAACAAUCUCAACAUGAAGAAGUUCCAAAGAACUGA